AGCAACUCUCCUCCAUGGCCUCUGGAUCAAUUCCUGCCUCCAGGUUCUACCCUGUUUGAUUCCAGUCCUGACGUCCUUCAGUGAUGAACAGCAAUGUGGAAGUAGGGAGUGUCUCUCCAUUCACAUUGGUCAAGCUGGUGUCCAGAUUGGGGAUGCUUGCUGGGAACUAUAUUGCCUGGAACAUGGAAUCCAGCCAGAUGGCUUCAUUCUGGACAGUCAACACGAUCAUUUGGAAAAUACUAAGAUGGAACAUAGGAGUGCAUCUUUAGAUACUUUCUUUCAUGAGACAAGAGCCGGAAAGCAUGUGCCCAGAGCACUUUUCAUGGACCUAGAACCAACUGUUAUAGAUGGGAUCCGUGUGGGGAAGUACCAUUCCCUCUUCCACCCAGAACAGCUUGUGAAUGGAAAGGAGGAUGCUGCAAACAACUAUGCACGAGGUCGCUAUUCUGUGGGCUCAGAGGCCAUCGAGCUUGUGCUGGAAAGGAUCCGAAAGCUGGCAGAACAAUGCAGUGGACUUCAGGGAUUUUUGAUUUACCGAAGCUUUGGAGGAGGCACAGGGUCAGGCUUUACAUCUCUUUUGAUGGAGCAACUAUCAGUAGAGUAUUGCAGGAAGACAAAAUUGGAGUUCUCUGUCUACCCAUCUCCUAGAAUCUCCACUGCUGUAGUAGAACCUUACAAUGCCAUCCUCACCACUCACUCUACCAUAGAACACUCAGACUGUACCUUCAUGGUGGACAAUGAGGCUGUCUAUGACAUCUGUCAUCAUAAACUUGGUGUUAAACGGCCUUCAUAUGCUACCAUAAACAGAUUGUUAGCUCAGUUGUUAUCUUCCAUUACUGCUUCACUCCGCUUUGAAGGGCCUUUGAAUGUGGACUUAAUUGAAUUCCAGACCAACCUAGUACCUUAUCCCAGAAUACAUUUCCCCAUCACAACCCUUGCCCCCAUCAUCUCUGCUGAGAAGGCCUACCAAGAGCACCUCUCUGUGACUGACAUCACUGCGGCUUGCUUUGAGUACUCCAACCAGUUGGUCAAGUGUGAUCCUCGGCUUGGGAAGUACAUGGCUUGCUGCCUCCUAUACAGAGGAGAUGUAGUCCCUAAGGAUGUGAAUACAGCAAUUGCAGCCAUGAAGUCAAGGACCUCUGUUCAGUUUGUUGACUGGUGUCCAACUGGUUUUAAGGUAGGCAUCAAUCAUCAGCCACCUACAGUGAUGCCAGGAGGGGAUCUAGCCAGGGUUCAACGGACUGUGUGUAUGUUGAGCAAUAGCACAGCAAUUGUGGAAGCCUGGGCUCGCCUAGACCACAAAUUUGACCUCAUGUAUGCCAAGAAGGCAUUUCUGCACUGGUAUAUCACAGAAGGCAUGGAACAAGGGGAGUUUAUAGAGGCCAGGGAAGAUCUGGCUGCUCUGGAAAAAGAUUAUGAGGAAGUGGGGCUGAGUUUUUGAUGUAAAGAUGACCAUGUAAACGAAUGCUGAGUUAAAAAGGCAUGUUGUGUUUACAAGCUACUAUAUGCCUAAUGAAUAAAAGGAAAUCAAAAGUCAAAUCAGCAAGAUCCCAAAUUCUGCAUGAAUUAAAUACAUCAAUAUGAACAAUAGUCAUAUUUUCUUGUGUAGAGUAGAAUUCAGCUCUGCUAAUUGAGAACCUUCUGAGGAUUACAGUCAUUUGAACUACUAGGUCUCUCCUAGGAAGAGCUAUUUUGCUAUCAGUUUUUAUGUCACAGUAAAAAGACUUUAUUCUUCGUCCUUCCAAAAGAAACCACAUAAUACCAAGCAAUUAUGGAACCAUAAUGUUUCUGCUUUUCUUUUCCUGUAUCUAAGGUGGAAAACACAGAUUACGAAUGCUAUUUCUCUAUUAUCUAUGUAUUAUACAUUAAUUAAAUCACAAAUGCUUUCAGAAUAUUUCUUUUCCUUUUUCCAAGUGUGGGCUUUAAUUCAUUAGUUUGCUUUUCAAACAAACAAGCAAGCAAACAAAUAAACAAGAAUACUGUUGGUAUUUUUAGAAUUUGGGUAUGAGUAUCCUGCAGGUAAGAAACUAUGUAUUCCCCUCUUCAGUUGACUUGUACAGGAUGGGGGUUGUAUUUGUUUUGCAUGUGUAUAUGUGUAAGUGGUAUGUGCAUGCAUGUGUGCAUGUUCGUAUGUCUGCAAGGAGUACAGGUAUGUGGGCAUGUUCAUGUGGCAGCCAGAAAGCUGAUGUCAUGUCUUUCUCAAUUUCUCUUCACUUUAUUUGCUAAGUCCAGGUCUCUCCAUGAACUGGGAGUUCACUGAUUUAGCUAGUCUUUGCUCUCAGGCACUGGGAUUGCAGGUGGGCAACUGUGCUCAGUUGGCAUUUCUGUGGAUACUGGAGAUCUGGAGAUCUGAACUCUAUUCCUCACACUUGUUCAGCGAAGUCGUUCAUCCACUGAACCAUCUCUCCAACCCCAGAAGGCUUUAUUAGUUCCUUUUACUAUUGCUAUGAGGGCAUAUUUGACAAAAGCAACGUAAAGGAAGGCUUUGUUUUGGCUGGUGCUUUAAGCAGACGGAGUCUAUCACAGUAGAGAAAGCAAUGGCAAUUCCAGUGCCUAGAGGGUGGCAUUCGGCAGCCCUGCUCCCUAUCUAUCUGCUCUUAUAUUCUUCCUGCUCGCUCAUCUGAGGUGCUCCCCGAGUCUUAAAGGGGAUGGCAUGGAUGUCUUGUUUAGCACUGAGUGCUCCAUCAGACUCCUCUUCCACAGUCUUUCCCCAGUGGAGUCCUUUCUGGCUCUCUCUCAUUAUUUAUCUCACAGACACAUGACCUGAAAUGUGACUGUCCACACUCUUAUCUCUAAGUUUUGUUUCUCUGUUAGUCUUACAUGAACUUUACUUUUGAGAUACAUUCUCCAAGAUGCUUUGUGUACACUUAAGUGUUUUCUUCCUAAAAAUGUACCAUUUUCCUGAAAUACUUUUUCCUUUAGUGAUUCCUAUGUCUCUUUGUGUCAUUAUCUUGCCACUGAUACAGAUUCUAAACAACACUCUUAUUUAUUACUGCUUUCCCUGAUUUCUUAUAUUCUGUAUAGAACCAGCUACUAUUGAUUCUGCUUCAGUAAUUUUUUCAGUCUACCUCUUCCUGUUUGAGCCAUUAAACACCCUCCUCUUAGCAGCUUUCCUGUCUUCCUAAGGCCCUCCCGUUGCCCCAUGACUGAGAAUUCUGAAGUACAGCUUGCCUGAUCUUGCUCCCUUGCCUCAGGAUUUAAUAACCCACCAUUUAUUAGACAUACGGCACAAAAUUCUGCACAUGGCAGGUAGUGUCUUUCCCAACUCAUACCAACUACAUUUCCACUCCUAUCUGUCCCAGUGGUCUCAUACGUUCCAACCAAGGUAGUCUCUACCCAUUUUCUAGUAUAUACUUGUCCUGUGGCCAGUGAUGUGACUAGUAUUUCAGAAUACAAUUCAAAGAUCACUUGUUGCCUGAAACCUUGGAAUUCUACUGUCCUGUGUCCUCUUUGAAUAAACACAGCAAUCUAGAGCCUCCAUUCACUCUGACCCAGGAUUUAGGGAUAGCAGAGUUGUGCUAUGGAAUUUCUCUCCAUUCUAAAGUAUGAUAUUAAGUAACAGUUGAUGAUUCUUCCUUUUGCAUAUACUACAGAGUGCUUUACAGUUCAGUUACUUUUUUUCCUUUAAUGUACCUGUUAGCUUUUUUCUUUAGCCACUGGAGGGCACUAGUGAAGUACAUUCUCUCUCUCUCUCUCUCUCUCUCUCUCUCUCUCUCUCUCUCUCUCUCUCUCUCUCUCUCUCUGUCUCUGUCUCUCACUCUCCCCCUCCCUCUCUCUCUCUUUCCCUCCGUACCUCUCCCUCCCUCUCUCCUCCCCAUGGAAUAACAUUUGUAGGUUUUAUUUUGUUUUAAAAUUUAACAACAUAGCAAUAUUCAAAUGAACACUGUUUCUUAAAAUUUUAAAUAAACCUUGUGAAUCCCA